AUGGACGAAAAUAUCUCUCUGGAUUGUCCUAUCCUUGUCCCCAAGUCCGCAUUUACCGGGGAAAAAACACCUAGACCCCAUAAUUUUGCGUAUAUGUGGUCCUGGGCCAAAGAGAUCUGGGGCGACGAUCUUAUGACAGUUACGGUCGAGGAAGCAGGAAAGAACUAG